AUGCGCGUGUACGUUUUCGUCGCCAUCUUUUUACAUGGAGUUGGCUUUUGCUUUGCAGUGAGAUUGGGAGAAAGAGCAUGUCACGGCUUAGACACGAAUGGUCGUGAUCCACUUUGCACACCAGCGUACAAGGCUUACACGAUCUCUAACAGAGCACUAAGACACAAUGUCGCACUUGUGGAGAACAUGACUUAUGUUGAUGGCAAAGAAAAGGAAGCAAGAAUGCAAGAUUUGGAAUUUUUAAAAGACUUGAAAAUGUCAGGUAUAUUUAGUGUUAAGCUGCAGAAGAUACAAACGGAUUUGAACGGCCCUCUCAUAAUAAAUUCGGCUUUAAUUUUCAAUCAUAACAAAUGGCUCGAUGUAAACCAUCGUUUGUAUUCCAAGCUCCAUGAGAUACUUGCACACAAUAGUCCAAUCGAGUUCGACAAGAUAAUAGAUAAGUGGUUUGAACUAGCUAUCACCCACAAAGAGGUUUAUCAAGAACUUGGCAUAUCUUCUGAUGGUUUUGAUCAGGCGCUGUUUUCUGCUUUGUAUGCGGUAUCGGAAGAAAUGACUAAAAGCGUACCGGUGUCUCUAAUGAUGAUCCUGUUAGAAAAUCUUCGCGUCAAGCCAGAAUUUCAAUCCCUCGCAGAGAAAUUUGAGCGAAUCAUUCUUUCAGGAGCGGGUUCUAAACCUUUGGUCUUUAAAGCUUGGAUCAAAAACCCUAACAGUGUGAAGGAUGUUCGUCGGAUUCUCUUUGGCACCAAGGAACGCAUCGGUUUGGAUGAUUCAAACUUUUGGGUGUGGUUUGACUAUUUACAUUUCGUCUGGAAUUAUUCUGUGACGGUUUCAAAACCGAACUAUUUUGAAUUUAUUGACUUUCUACUUCACAACGGACUGACGGAGAGCGAAGACAUGACAAAGGUGCUUGAUAACCCAGAAUUCUCCCUUCGUUUUCCGCAUCAUUCAGCUGAUUAUAAAAUCAUGCGGAGAGCUUGGUAUUCGGUCAAAUGUCUGAACGAGGGGAAAGUUCCGGCAGUGGCGCUGAAAGAAAUAAACGAUUAUCAAAAGUCUGCCUCAGACGCUGAUGAGCUCAUAUCGUUACUCAUUUAUGCCUUUCGAUACAGGAAACAGUUUCAAUAUUUCGAUAUCGAUCUGUAUCGUUUUUUGACUUCCAAUCGACCAUUCGAUCAGGUGAUGGGACUGCUGAAAUCAUCUGAAAACCUUCCAGAGUCAAUUUCUGAAAUGGCAUGCAAUAUGCUGUACUCCAUGAUUACCGACAAAGCCGUGGUGACGGCUUUGAAAAAUGCCCGAACGACCUUUGAACAAUACAAACAAUACUUUGCCGAUCUCAAAGCUGUGUAUCCAAAGUCAAAACCUACAAAGGUCGCUACGUCACAAUCGCUUGUGAUACCUGACGAUGACUUUUGGGCACGGUUAUAUGUGGUGAUUAACGGUGCUGUAUAA